AUGGUCGAAAUCGACGAGCCUGUUCUCCCCCGACGCCUUGACCAUCAAGCCUUGUACAACAAUGGCGUUAGUCGCAUCGAAUACAAGUCCGGACGCUGGGUGCAUAUUGCUAGCCCGGGGGGUCCACGCACUGGCCGCGCGCCAGACCGCACCACCCUGGUGGUCGCAAUUAGCGGCGACUGUCUGAGAAACCAUGGGACCGGACGCGCAUCGGUGGGUGUGUUCUGGGGAUACGGCAAUCAAAACAACGUCUCGACUGCCUUAGACGCGUACCCGGGCCCACGCACCAGGAUUAUGUCCGAGCUCAGCGCCUGCUGUCGGGCCUUACGUGACGGUCUACGCAUCCGCCAGGAACGUCCCAACUGCACGCCGGUGCAACGGCUGGUGGUGAAAUCGGACUCGGAGCGUGUGGUGAGUGGGAUUACGGAGUAUAUGCCGCACUGGAUCACAAAUGGGUGGCGGACCAACAAUGAAGGAGAUGUGCCUUAUGCCGGGUUCUACCUUGAGAUCGGAGAGUUGAUCGCGCAGCUUGAGAACGAGGGGACGGCGGUGGAUUUCUGGUUUGUCUCACGGCGCCUUAAUCCUGAUGCUCGACGGAUGGCGAGGAACGGCCUUCGUCGCGAUCCUUGAUCGGAAUUUCGUUUCAUGGCGUCCGUGUGUAUGGUCUGGGAAGGUUUACUGUUUACAAGGACGACUUGUAGUCAUGCUAGGUGACACUAUGGGAAUCUGAGCUGACUGGGUUGUGCUUUCGCUGAUCUACUACUGAGAGACAGACCUGAGGUGUUGAUUGAUGGCGUGAGUGCAGGGUUCCGGGUUCUGAAGCUCUGGUCUUAUCGAGC